CCAAUUCUUAGCCAUUCCCUUGGGUCCCCAAACCCCAGCAGCCUCUAGAGAGGGGAAAGCAAAGCUGAGAUAGAAAACAGACGUGCCUGUAGCUCGCUGGCUUCAGCGGUUCCCAGAGACUAGGGUGGAAAAGACUCGGGGAUUUGGGCUCGCACUCCCCAGCCCCCAUACACACGCACCGUGCGCGGUGCCACCCUUUCUUAGCACUGCUCUCGUCGUACCUGGAAGUUGGCAUUGGAGAUGGGGCAGUGCGAUGCUGGCUGAGUCCUCCGUGUGCCUAGUGCUUAGCUGACUUAGCGGUCCCCGUGCCUGCAGCUGGCGCGCUCCACUCGCAGCAAGGGCGGACCUGCGGGGACAGCGCGUGGCGCGGCCGGGGGAGGGGACCGAGCUGGGCUGCGCGCUCUGCCGCGGAGGACCAGGGACGCCGGCGGCAGAGCCAUGACGGAAGCCAGCAACAGGAAAGAGGGCUUCAAAAAAUGCCGGAGUGCCACUUUCAGCAUCGAUGGCUACAGCUUCACCAUCGUUGCAAAUGAAGCUGGAGACAAGACUGCCAGACCCCUUGCCCGCUUCUCAAGGUCUAUGUCGCAGAACUGUCUGUGGAACUCUCUCAUUGACGGGCUCACAGAGAAUGUCAAGGAGAAGCCACGGCCGAUGAUUGUCCAUGACCCCCGACCACCGGAAGAAAUCCUAGCUGAUGAAUUGCCUCAGCUUGACAGCCCUGAAGCCUUGGUGAAGACAUCCUUCAGGUUACGGUCUUUGGUCAAACAAUUGGAGAGAGGGGAGGCUUCGGUGGUUGAUCUUAAGAAGAAUUUGGAAUAUGCGGCCACAGUGCUUGAAUCUGUAUACAUUGAUGAAACCAGGCGACUUCUGGAUACGGAGGAUGAGCUCAGUGACAUUCAGUCAGACGCGGUGCCUUCCGAGGUCCGAGACUGGCUGGCCUCUACCUUCACGCGGCAGAUGGGAAUGAUGCUCAGAAGGAGCGAGGAGAAGCCGCGGUUCAAGAGCAUCGUGCACGCAGUGCAGGCUGGGAUAUUUGUGGAGAGAAUGUACCGACGGACAUCAAACAUGGUUGGACUGAGCUACCCACCAGCUGUUAUUGAAGCAUUAAAGGAUGUGGACAAGUGGUCUUUUGAUGUCUUUUCCCUCAAUGAAGCCAGCGGGGACCAUGCACUGAAAUUCAUUUUCUAUGAAUUACUCACACGUUAUGACCUGAUCAGCCGUUUCAAGAUCCCCAUUUCUGCACUUGUCUCAUUUGUGGAGGCCCUGGAAGUAGGAUACAGCAAGCAUAAAAAUCCUUACCACAAUCUAAUGCAUGCCGCCGAUGUUACACAGACCGUGCAUUACCUUCUCUAUAAGACGGGAGUCGCGAACUGGCUCACGGAGCUGGAGAUCUUCGCUAUAAUCUUCUCAGCUGCCAUCCAUGACUACGAGCAUACUGGGACCACCAACAAUUUCCACAUUCAGACCCGGUCUGACCCAGCUAUACUGUACAACGAUCGGUCUGUAUUGGAAAAUCACCAUUUAAGUGCAGCUUAUCGUCUUCUCCAAGAGGAUGAGGAAAUGAAUAUUUUGAUCAACCUCUCAAAGGAUGACUGGAGGGAAUUUCGGACCUUGGUAAUUGAGAUGGUGAUGGCCACGGAUAUGUCCUGUCAUUUCCAACAAAUCAAAGCAAUGAAAACCGCUCUGCAGCAGCCAGAAGCAAUUGAGAAGCCAAAAGCAUUAUCCUUGAUGUUGCACACAGCAGACAUCAGCCAUCCAGCAAAGGCAUGGGAGCUUCAUCAUCGCUGGACCAUGUCACUCCUGGAGGAAUUCUUCAGACAGGGUGACAGAGAAGCAGAGCUGGGGCUGCCUUUUUCUCCUCUGUGUGACCGAAAGUCGACCAUGGUUGCUCAGUCACAAGUAGGUUUUAUUGACUUCAUCGUGGAACCCACCUUCACUGUGCUCACGGACAUGACGGACAAGAUUGUGAAUCCGUUAAUUGAUGAAUCCUCCCAAACUGGUGGGACAGGACAAAGGCGUUCAAGUUUGAACAGCAUCAGUUUAGCAGAUGCAAAGCGGUCAGGUGUCAAGAGCGCUGGGUCCGAAGGAAGCGCCCCAAUCAACAACUCCGUCAUCCCUGUUGACUAUAAGAGUUUUAAAGCCACUUGGACUGAGGUGGUGCACAUCAAUCGGGAGCGAUGGAGGGCCAAGGUACCCAAAGAGGAGAAGGCCAAGAAGGAAGCUGAGGAAAAGGCUCGCCUGGCUGCAGAGGAGAAACAAAAGGAAAUGGAAGCCAAAAACCAGGCUGAAGCAGGCGCAUCUGGCAAAGCUGAGAAAAAGACAUCUGGGGAAGCUCAGAAUCAAGUCAACGGAACGCGCUCCAACAAAAGCCACAACCCCCAUGGGAAAAACUCCAAAGUUGAAAAGUCGUCAGGAGAAAAACAGAAUGGUGACUUGAAAGAUGGCAAAAAUAAGGCAGAAAAGAAGGAUCAAUCCAAUGUCGGAAAUGAUUCAAAGAAAACAGAUGGUACCAAGAAGCAUUCUCACAGCUCACCAGCCCCAAGCGCUAGCUCCACAGGUCGCCUUACAUUGCCAGUCAUCAAGCCUCCGCUGCGUCACUUUAAACGCCCUGCUUACGCAUCUAGCUCUUACGCACCUUCGGUCCCAAAGAAAACUGAGGAGCAUCCUGCAAGGUACAAGAUGCUGGAUCAGAGGAUCAGAAUGAAAAAAAUUCAGAACAUCUCACAUAACUGGAACAGAAAAUAGACCAAGGGGAAGAGAGGGAGUGAAGGAGAGGCCCACUUAUCUGCCUCUCGGCACUCAGCAGCCACAGCGGGAUAUGCCUCCAACACCCUCGGAGGCCUGUGGGGCUGUGCGAUCACGGGUGACCCCACCAGGGCAAAGUGAAGGCUGGAUGUGAUUUUCCCCUUUGUUGUUCUGUUCUAGACUCAUCAGUUGCUGGAUUUGGGGGUCGAUGAAAACCUCAGCAGCAAACCAGUAAGAGCGUGUCUCAUGUGGCUUUUAUUGGUAUACAUUUUUCAAAGUCUAAAUUGGACCAAAAUUAAAGCGAUGCCACCUGUUCUGAAAAAGUGAAAUUCCUCUCAUUGACACUUUGUAUCUCUGGAAAUUGACUUGCCCCCAUAAGACUAUUGGUUUAAUAGUUAUCGUAUGUAGGAAAUACACUUCCAAAAACAUCUUUUUUCAAUUCCAAAUGCAACAUUUGAAAUCCAAGUAAACAGGUGACUUUCAAAGUAAAUGCAUCCAAAACAGAAGUUGUGUUUCUGAAUGUAACAGUCUUAGAGGGAAAAGAAGGCCGAGGACUGUGUCCGUAGGUAUUUCUGAACUCAGCGUAUCUCAGUUACAAGUAAAGACCCUUGUUCUGGUUCCUGUUGUGUGCCGCCGGCCUAUAGAGUCGUUUAAGGCUAUGUGAGUUUGUAGGAAAUGCAUUUUGGCUCUACUUCCCUUUAAUCCUUCACUUUCACUCACGGUAGACAAAGCUAGAAAUCAGCAAGAAGCCCAUGCCAUAGAGAAUCUAAGUUUGAGAUUUACUUCAGGAUAUGUCCAUUUGGUGUUGUGGUCCUGGGGCAGGAGGGUGUAAAAUGCUGAACCUAAUUUGAAUUCCUUAUUUGAAGAUUUCCCUCCAUAAGGCUGGAGAUGUCUCUCAGUUAAAUUUCAGAUCGUCUUCCUAAGAGACCACAUUUCUAAGUCCUUUGGGAGCCCAGUUGCCCUUACAGCUGUUAGAAUGGAAGUCUAUAACUCACCUCUCUUCAUGGUGGCGUUGUCAGCCCUACUGUGUCUUUCUAAGAGUUUUUACUUCGGGACUAAAUUUGUAGAAAUUGUAAGGAAAGGUUCAAGGCCAGAGACAGCUUUGAUCCCUUCAGAAAAGGUCCGCUGCCGUGGAAAACUUUAGGUGUAUUGUCAGGCAGAUGUGAUCUCCAGUCCUGUCUGGCCUGUAACUAGUCGCAGGCCCUGGGUCUCGAUGGCAUAAUCUUUAAAAGCCUCAGCUUUGCGUGACUGGAAAGUGGCAUUCACAAUGUCCACUGUGCCUUUUGUGUUGACAAUUAAGGAUAAUGUAGGUUCCGAAUGCUAUUGCUGAGCCCGGAGACUCAUAGAUGCACAAUAGAUGUAGUUAUGAGGAUUCCACAUCCAGGAAAUGCUCUCCAGGAACCCCUUCGCCUCCCGCCCUCCCACACACACACACACACACACACACACACACACACACACACAGAAGGGGCUGUGCCCUGAUGCCACAGCCUUGGGGGUCUGAUUCUAAAGGGGGCUGGCUCUCUCCUUUCGUUCUCUGCAGUUCAUUUCCAAUAAACCUCACUUAUGCCAGCGAGCCAGCUCCAGAGUUUAGUGCCCAUUGUGUUACUGAGCCACUUAUUUAUAAUAUGCUUCACGAUAGUAUUGCAGGGAAAUUUAAUUACUAUAUAAAAAGGAAAAUCACUGUGACUUUUUGUUAGGGAAACGAUUGUAAUUUGUAGCUCCCUGCUUGGUGCCUGAGCAAGAGGACCCGUCUGCAGGCUGGUAGCAUCUAUUCCACCUGAAUUAGGUUAACUGAAUGGGUCAUUUCCACCUGGUCACAUUCAGAUGCCGUAGAGCUUGCUGCACAGAACCAUUUGGUCACACAGUGAAACUGCCCACGAGGGAGUGGCCUCCUUGCUACCCAAUAGAUUGUGGAGAAGGGAUACUGUAUAAUCAAUCUAACUGAAAGUGAGCUCACAGGGUGAUCGGGUCAUAAAUUCCUACCUGAGCAGGUCACGUGGGGAUUCACGCCCCAGGCCUAUCUCUUCUUUGGUAAAAGGCUUAUCUUUGCCUUAGGAAGCCCUGUCCAUUGUUUCUGUGCAUCUAGAUUAAGACACCUUUGAAAUAAGCUUGACCACCACAUAAUCUUGCGAACUAUCCUGUAAUCCAAUCCCCACCUUGCUUUCUCCCACCUUCAUGUAAUCUUUCUUAACAUUCCCUCCUUAAAUCCAAAUGCAUAAAAGAAACUGCAAACUGUCAUUCUGGGGAGCUUUUUUCUCAGUCUGCUGAGAUCUUGCUUCCAGCUGUCUCCUCUGUUUGGCUCAAAUAAACUCUUGUAAAAAUUAAACAAAAGUAAUUGUCCAUGUAAGAACGUUUGAAGUUGCAGAAAAUGUUUAUGAGUUCCUACGUCAAUGGGGUCCCUCCACAAAUGACAUCCGUCCCCUCACCCGCAGUGUAUCGAGGCUUCAACAUGGUGUGCUUCUUGAAGACUGUGCUUCUUGAUGAUGGAAGCCAGGAUCCUGGGGAAGAAAGUUGGCUCCCUCUGUAUUCUUUUAUCCCAAGAUGUCAUUUUUCAACCCUCGCUAUUAUUUUAAUCGGGGAAAUGCACAGAUAUUGAGAUUCUGCAUUGCUUGUAAAAUGCCUACCAUGUUAUUUGCACAAUGGAUUGUAUAGAAAUGCCAAAUUAUAUAUUCUU